AUGGCAGACCCGACGGCAUCAGGAGCCGAACUCCUCGACUUUGCCUUGUACCGAUAUGAACUGUCCUUACCCGCCGCCAUCGUUGCCGCCGCCGUCUUUUUGGUCCUCACGUUGCUUCACGUCUGGCUUAUAUACCGCCACCGCUCCUUCUACUUUACGGCGUUCACCGUGGGUGGUUGCUUUCAAGUUGUCGGUUAUUGUGGUCGAAUCUGGUCCCAUUUCGACAACAUGGCCAUCGGCGGUUUCGUAAUGCAAGCCAUUCUCAUUCUCAUUGCACCGGCCCUGUACGCGGCCUCCAUCUACAUGAUCCUCGGCCGGCUGAUCCGCGCUUUGCAUGCCGAGUCGGUGUCUAUCAUCCCUGUCAAGUGGAUGACCAAGAUCUUCGUUAUUGGUGACGUCUUGUCGUUCCUCAUGCAAGCUGGUGGUGGCGGCAUUCAGGCGGCCGGCACUCUGGAGCUCUACGACAUCGGAGAGAAGAUUAUCAUCGUCGGUCUCUUUGUUCAGAUCUUCAUGUUCGGCUUCUUUCUCGCUACCACCGUUGUGUUCCACUCCCGAUUCCGCCGAUUCGACAGCUCCGUCAGGCAACAGCCGUUGGUCCGCUGGAAACGCCAUCUAACCGUCCUGUACGUUGCGAGCGCCAUCAUCUUGGUGCGGAGCAUAUUUCGUGUUGUCGAAUACCUUCAGGGGAAUAGGGGCUAUCUCAUUUCGCAUGAGAUCUUUCUCUACAUCUUCGAUGCUGUGCUCAUGGCUGCCGUCAUGGCCAUCUUUUGCGUCUUCUACGUCGACGAUCUUGAGACAUCCGAAAGUGGGAAACGAGGCAGCGCCAUGGAGAUGCUGUCGAGCCGAGACAGCGAGGAGCCAGGCAUGGUACCACGGCCUUAUGGGGUUUGA